UCCAGAUGUGGAAGCUAAUAAUAUCCUUUGCAGUCUUACAAUUAGCGAAAGUUCCCACUUGUCUGUUAGAUCACUUAUAAUAGUGUGUUACAAAAUGAGGUGUUCAAAAUCUCGAUUCGCUGCACUUUUGUUGAUUUGUGGCGUGGUUUUUGUAGUACAAAUCUUUAUUUUGCUCCCAGAAAGUUACACAUGGAGACUGCGGUUGACAGCUCUGUUAUCGGGGAAAGGGAAUGGCGAAAUGAGGAUUUCUGGCAGUAGAAAAAUGACUGUAAAGAAUUAUGUGGCCACCAGUGAACAAAGACUGCAAUCUGUAAAGGAAGUGUGUGGAAACAUGCAAAAGUCAUGGGAUUCUCUGUCCAAAGUAGAAAAACAGAUCUUGGGAAAACACAUUUUAGUAGAUGAUGAGCACAGAUUUUUGUAUUGUUCUGUACCAAAAGCUGCAUGCUCAAACUGGAAGAGAGUAAUGAUGGUGCUUGACGGUCAAGCGAUUGAUGCCAAUGCUAUUCGGAGAGUACUUCACAAUUCGUUCACAGUGCUGUCAGAUUUUUCCCCAGGAGUUAUUAAACACAAACUUCGGGAAUACUACAAGUUCAUGUUUGUGCGAGAACCUUUUGCAAGACUUCUAUCAGCAUACAAAGAUAAAUUUGUCUUGAACAAUACUGCUUUCCACAAAACAUUUGGAACACAAAUUGUAAAACAUGCACGCAAAAAUGCUCCAGCAAACCCAAAAGGAAAUGAUGUUAAAGUGGAAGAAUUUUUACAGUAUGUUGUGGACAGUCAUGUAGAGGACAUGAAUGAGCACUGGAUGCCAUUUUACAAGUUAUGUCAGCCAUGUGUUGUUUCCUAUGACUUCAUAGGAUCCAUGGAGAAUCUGGAAUCAGAUUCUACUCGUGUAUUAAAAGUACUUAAUGUUGAUAAACAAGUUUCCUUCCCCAGACAACAAAGAUAUUACCAGGCAGGUGGGAAAGGAUAUGUCAAGAGCAAGAAAGUUUCAAAUAUACCCCCUGAUAUGAUGGGAAAAGUUUUGAAAAAGUUUGCUUUAGACUACAAACUGUUUUCAUAUCAAAUGCCCAACCAAUAAUAUACUUCAUUCAAACUUUUCAAAUUGACUAAUUUUUCUUUAGUAAAAAAUAUUGUGCAUGCAGACUAAGGAAAUUGGCAAAUUAUCUGUCAUUCUAUGAUGAAAACCUAUCAAUUUCAAUUUUCAAAGCAUCAUAUUUCCAUAUAAAGUACAAUAAAAUAUAUGUAUUGUUGUUA